UGCUAGAGAAGACUUAAUGCAUCAAACAUUCUCUCUUCCUUUCUCAUCAUUAGUUUGAUUAUUGACCACUAAUUAUAAUCAAAACACUUCUAUUAAUUAUAAUGGAAGAUCAUCAUCAACAGCAUAAUCCACCUCCAUUAACCUCCCAAUCGCUGCCCUUGUCAUUACCAUUCUUGUUACCGCCUCCACCCCAAAACCCUCGUCCCCCUUCUCCCUAUCUCUUCACAUCCUCUUCAUCCUCCUCAUUGAUGACUAACCCUCCCGAUCUUCUAGACAUUGAUUGGGUUAGCCUUCUCUCUGGUGGUACUCAAGCGGCAGGCGGGUUUAAUCAUGAUCAGAUUAAUAGUUUUAAGCCUAUGGCUAUGAUGGACAAUAAUAUUAGUGGCUCUGCUUGGAAUACUGGAGCUGAUCAGGAAGAAAAGGUUGGUGUUAAAAGGAAGGGUGGGGGUAAAAUGAGAAAAGCAGCGGCGAGCCGGCCUAGGUUUGCGUUUCAGACUCGGAGUGAGGAUGAUAUUCUUGAUGAUGGCUACCGCUGGAGAAAAUACGGUCAGAAAGCAGUCAAGAACAGUUCAUAUCCCAGGAGCUACUACCGCUGCACACAUCACACAUGCAAUGUGAAAAAACAGGUCCAGAGGCUGUCUAAAGACACGAGCAUUGUCGUGACAACGUAUGAAGGAAUCCACAAUCAUCCUUGCGAGAAACUCAUGGAAACCCUAACUCCUCUACUGAAGCAAAUGCAAUUCCUCUCUAGGUUCUAAUUAACAAGGUCACUAUAUAUCAUCUUUCAUUGGCAUUUGUACUUAUAUAUUAACCUUUGUGCACAAGGUAGGGAGAGAUUUGUAGUUCAAAAGUGGGUUAAGAAAGUCUACCUUACGCCCGAGUCAUGUGUUCGAGACCCCUUCUCUUAAUAUCUUCUUGUAAAAAAAAAAAAAAAAUUGUACACGUUAACUAUGACUAUGUGAUAAGAAAAAGAAAUUAAAUAUAAAAAUUAAUGUACCAAAAUCUUUGUUAGUAUAUGUUAUG